AUGGUUCAGGGCUUUGGAAGGUUCUGGAGAAAAGUGGACAAAGAAGGAACACAGGAGCUGUCCAUAAGGCCAAAUAAGUCUUUGGGAAUCUUUCAAGACCUUGUUGUGAAUACCAGGAAGAAGUUGAAUCAUGUUCAAGCUUCAAAAAGAGGGAAAAAAGGUAGAAUGAUAAGUCUACAAACAAACCAUUACCGAGUAACCUGUGACUGCAACAUUGCAUAUAAGUAUAAUGUUGACUACAGACCAGACAUAAAGGACAUAAAUAUCCGUGCGAGUUUGCUGCUCAGACAUCAGCCAACCCUUGGCAGGUGCCAUAUAUUUGAUGGACACUCUUUGCUCUUACCUCAGAGGCUACCACGUUCGGAUAUGGAGUUUGUCAGCCAAACUGAAGGUGGUGACAUUGUGAAGAUCAGGGUCCAACUCUCCAAAGAACUCCAUCCCAAGCACCCAGACUGGCUACGCUAUUAUAAUAUUCUCUUCAGGAGAAUGCAGAUCCAGCGCAAUUACAAUACUUCAAUCCUGCCAUAUGAGAAUGUGCUCACCCUGUGUGCUGACGUGACUCACAAGCUGCUCCAGAUGAAAACUGUCUAUGACCUCAUAACGGAGAAAGUUGACAGGGGAGUCCCAAAUCUUGUAGAGGCAGUGUCUGAAGAGCUGCUGGGAUCCAUUGUUUUUACAAGAUACAACAAGAAAACCUACAGAAUCGAUUAUAUUGAUUGGAAUCGGGGUCCCAGGAAUAUGUUUAAAAAAUCUGAUGGCAGCAUGAUCUCCUUCGUAGACUACUAUAGGCAGCAAUACAACCUCGUCAUCACAGACAUGAAUCAGCCACUCUUGGUAAGCCGGGGCAGAUGGAGAAAGGGCCAGAGGAGCACCCCCCAGGAACCUGUGCUGCUGGUCCCUCAGCUGUGCUACCUCACAGGUCUAACCAGUGACAUACGAACAAACCACAAACUGAUGAGUCAGCUGACUAGACAAAUGAGAAUGUGCCCAAAGAGCCGGGAGAAGGUGUUGAAAGAGUUCAUGAAAAAGUUAGAGACGAAUCAGAACAUUCAAGAUGAAUUUCGGCCUUGGAAGGUGAAGUUUGAUACCACGUGCUUGCACAUCUCAGGAAGAAUUUUGGAUACAGUAGAGCUCUAUCAAAGAGGCAAAUCCUCAAUAUCAAAUUGGUUGAGAGAAUCAAAAAGCAGACCACUGCUUAGACCGAUGCCGCUAAAGAACUGGGCCAUCCUUUAUCCCGAGUGCUGUUCCAUUGAGACCAACUCCUUACUGCGGAAUCUGAAGGAAGUCUCUGCGGUCAUGGGCAUAGACAUGACAGAGGCAAAUGGAUAUAAAGUUGGCAAAGACCCUGAGUCCUACAAGGAAACUUUAAGGAAACGUGUGACAACAAGUACGCAGAUGAUGGUUUUUACUUCUCUUGUUGCUGAGUUACUAUUUCUUCUUUUGUUUCUUUUCAAGGUGGUCUGUAUUCUGCCUGACCACGGGAAACACAGAUAUGAUGAGAUAAAAAGAUUCUUGUGUGUUCAGUGCCCGGUCCCCAGCCAGUGUGUGGUGGCAGAGACCUUGCGCUAUGAGAAGACCCUGAGAACCAUGGCCGUCAAGAUUGCCCAGCAGAUGAACUGCAAGAUGGGAGGAGCGCUCUGGAAGGUGGACACAGACAUGAAGAAUACGAUGUUCAUCGGGAUUGAUUGCUUCCAUGACAUUGUGAGUCGGCAACAGUCGAUUGCAGCGUUUGUGGCCAGCACCAAUGAAGAACUGACCAAGUGGCACUCUCAAUGUCUCUUUCAGGAACCUGGGCAGGAGCUUGUGGAUGGACUGAGGGGCUGUCUGAAAGCUGCCUUGGAUUCCUGGUUUAAAAAUGUACGGAAAGCACCACAGAGCGUGGUGGUGUACAGGGAUGGAGUGGGAGACGGCCAGCUUCAGGCCCUGCUGGACAGUGAAGUGGCACAGAUGGUGGAGUUCUUUAAGCGUGGGCGUAAGCCUUGUAUUCCGCUAACUUUCAUUGUGGUGAAGAAACGAAUCAACACCAGGUUUUUUGUGAAUGAGGCUUCUAUGAAUCCACCUCCAGGGACAGUGGUUGACCAGGUGGUGACCAGGGAGGAAUGGUAUGACUUCUAUAUCGUGAGUCAGACCUCACAGGAUGGAACUGUUACUCCCACUCAUUAUAAUGUUAUCUACGACACAAAGGGCUUAUAUCCAGAUCAAGUUCAGUGUUUAACCUACAAACUCUGCCACAUGUACUAUAACUUACCAGGUGUCAUCCGAGUCCCUGCACCAUGCCACUAUGCACACAAACUGGCUUACCUCAUAGGGAAGAACAUUCACCAACCACCAUCGGAGUCACUGUCUAAAUAUCUCUAUUACCUUUGA